GUGGGGAGUGGUCCUAAGGUUGAGAGCCCGGCUAUAUAAAGAGCGACUACGCCUUCAACAGACGUUCAGUUCACUCUUUUGUGCACUUUUACUGACUCCUCGCCUAGGACGCGCUAUGUUGCGGUUGGUAGUUUUGGUGUGUGCCGUGCAAGUGGCCCUUGCUGGCUAUUUCAACAGUCAUCUGAGCCCAGCCUCUGUCACCUAUGUGAACGGCCCUGCACCCGUCGCCCUGCGCGCCGGACCCGCCGCCCAUUAUGUCACCCCCACAACAUACGCCGCUCCUGUACACACUUAUCCCUCUCACGUUGUCAAGGCAGUGCCCACCGUCCACCACGUGCCCGCCUACACUAACGUGCCCUUCAAGACCUACGAGCACACCCCCGCCGUGUUCCAGAAGACCGUGGAUGUCGCCAAGCCUGCCAUCCAGACCCGCAAAUUUGAGUUGCGUCGUCCUGCCAUCCAGAAGCAGUUCUACGACAUCGAAGAGCGCGUCCUCAUCCGCCCCGCUGGUUCCGCCCUUGUCGAACUUGACGAGCCCACCUCCCGCACCCAGAAGGGAUCUCCCGUCAUCUCUCCCCUGGCCGCCAUCCACGCCGUUCCCCAGUACGCUCACUACCCCGUGGCCGCCUACCCCGCUUACAAGCAGGCCGUUUAUCAGGGAUAUCCUUUCGCCACCCCCGUCUACCCCGUAGCCACCCCUGCCUAUCCCUCUGGCCCCUCUGCUCCCGCCGUCGAGGGCCCCUCCGCCCCUGAAGCUCCCGUCGCUCCUGCCGAAGAAGGUCCCUCUGCUCCCGCUCAGGACUCUCAGAACUUCAAUCAAGACAACUCUCAGGGUUUCCAACAGGACAACUCUCAGGGUUUCCAACAGGAUAACUCUCAGGGAUUCACCCAGCAGCAGCAGGGCGUGUCUAACUUUGCUCCCCAGCAAGAUCUCGAAUCCGUCUCCGUUGACAACCCUGAGUUUGGCGCCCGUUCUCUCAACCCCGAACCCUCCAGCACCGAGGCUACCCUGACCUCCACCACCACCUCCACCACUACCUCCACCACCACCACCGCUGCUCCUGCUCCCUCCAACGAGCAGUACGAGGCUGAGAUCCGCACCAUGUUCGCCGCCCGUCGUGCCCAGUUCGAGGCCGAGCAGCGUGUCGAGGCCAUGCAGAGACUCUUCCUGGAACAACAGCAGAACACCCUCCAGCGUCAGCAGUACGAACAGUCCCAGCUCUUGAACCGUCAGGCCGCCUCCGUCGAGGCCACCCCCGAACCUGCUGCUCCCGUCACCACUGAGGCCGCUCCUGCCGUCACCGAGGCCGUCACUGAUGCCACCCCCACCAGCACUGAAGCCCCUGCCCCCGCCCCCACCCAGGCCAUUCCUCAGGCUCCCCUCGAGGCCCGCAGCAACUUUCCUGCUGAGGCUCCUGUCCAGGCUCGCAGCAACUUCCUCGGCGCUCAGGAGCAGCAGCUUCAGCAAACCGAAGACCUUCUGAGGGAACAGGUGCUCCCUGAGGCCCGCUCCGUCAUCCCCUCCGUGCGCAACCUGAGCCCCGAAGUCAACAAGGCCAACCAGCAGCGCCUGAUCGAGCUUCUGACCGCCCGCGGUGGUAUUGCUGAGGUGCACGGCUACGGUGCCGCAGCCGGACGCACCAACGGAAACGUCGGCGAUGCUGGAAACGUGCGUGCCCGCGUCCUGUCCGCCACCCCCGCCCCCGAGAACUCCGACCCCACUGGCGAGCGCGUCUCCACCCGUCGCAUCGUCGUUUCCCGCCCCAUCGAGACUGUCCAGGAGAUUGAGGUCGUCGAGCCCGCCACCAAGAUCCACCGCGUCACCUACCAGCAGCCAACCCUGAUCAAGACCGCCCGUCUCGGCGUCGCCAGGGUGCAGACCUCCGUGCCCGUCUACGGAAAGUCCCUGCAGGCUCACCCCAUCGCCUACUACUAAGGCCUCCAACUGUAACACCAAGUUACCCCGCGUCCACUGCCGAGGGCGCGGUAAUUUUUUAGAUGCUUAAUGUGUCGACUGGCAACCAACUUUAUGUAUUUUUUAACCGAAUCGCACCGUUUUUGGCCACUUUCGUAAUACUCAAAUCAAAAUAUUACAUUUUAUUUGCUCCAAACUUUUCUAUUCACUGCGCCAAAAACGGUCCGAAUGCCACUGAAGAAUGUUUUUAAUAUUAUUUUUAUAUAAUAAUUAUAUAAUAUAUAAUGAACUGUUAGUUCCUUUUUUGUAGCACCAGCCGACGUGGUUCUAGUCUUCCUGAACCGCGACAAUUGUUUUUAUUUAUUUGUCGCGCGUUCACUGAGACUUGCUGCGAAACGACCCGAGCCAAUCGUGCUGAUAAAAUUGCGCAACUUAUAUAUUUCUUGGCGAAUUUUAUCAGCACGAUCUGGUCGUAAAAUGUUGUAAAUAAGCUCAUACGUUUGGUCCGAGUUCAAAUCCGGCAGCUUUUCCCUCAAAGUGAAAAGCAGACAGAUUUUACCAUCGGCCAAAGUUCAUGUCAUCAUUUCCUCUCUUCUCUCUAUUUAUGCGUCUGCCCUGUCUUUUUCACAACUUCACCCUGUUAUCUGUCUUUUUCUUUUCGUGUCUUUUUUGUACAUUCACGCGCCUUAUCCUUCGACUGUGUCUGAAUAAAUUAUCUCGACAUUCAAAACGAAAA